CUCUCUCUCCCCUCUGUUCUCUCUCUCAUCAUCAGCCCCUUUUAACUUUGUCUGUUUCACAACGGAGCAGUUUCAGGUGGCCAAACCCUUCAAAAUUCUCUCUCUCUCUCUCUGCCCCCUUCUCCCUGUGUUUUGUUCUCUGCUUCCAUGUGUGAGCCCUUGCCUGGUUGGUUGGGUCUCAGCUUCUGCAACACAAAUUUGCUGCAAGGGGACAAAAGAUCUCUUGAAGGGCCAUUUCAAAAACCUUAAACAUGGAAAGUAAUUUGAGCACUCCCGGGGAGAAAGAGAAGCAGAGUUUUCUCGUCGAGGUAUCUAACAUCGAAAAGCAAUUAUGGGCAUUGAUCAACUCCAAAGGUUUAUUGCAGCCUGAAGUUCAAAAUUUGUACCGCCGAGUCUGUUGUAGUUAUGAAAUGAUCAUCCUGAAAACUUCCGAUAUUGUGAAUCUCCAAGAAGUUGAGUAUUCCCUGUGGAAACUCCACUAUAAGCAUAUAGAUGAGUUCCGCAGGCUGAUAAAGAAAGGUUCCGCUAGAAGUUCUGGUCAUGUAGAAGGGCUGAAGCGGUUCCUCUUGGAUGCAACUGAACUUUAUAGAAGUCUCUUACUCAAAUUACGAAGCCAAUCAAUUCCCAGAGAUUGCAUUGAGCAAAAACAGAAUUCGCAAUUCCUGUGCCAUCGGUUUCUAAUCUGUCUCGGUGAUCUUGCGCGAUAUAGAGAGCUCUUUGAGAAACCCGAGGUUGAAGCCCGCAACUGGUCCAUUGCAGCAGGACAUUACUUGGAAGCAUCAAAGACUUGGCCUGACAGUGGGAACCCCCACAAUCAGUUGGCGCUACUAGCUACUUACGUUGGCGAUGAAUUCCUUGCAUUGUACCACUGUGUAAGAAGUUUGGCGAUUAAAGAACCUUUUCCUGAUGCCUGGAACAACCUCGUACUCCUGUUAGAGAAGAGCAUGUCAUCUCCUUUAUGCUCCGCUUCUUGUGAGGUUUCUUUUGAUUUCCUAAGACCAUCAGAAAGAAGCAAAUCUGAGCAUGAUAUAUCUAAGCACGAGAUAUCAGCGGAGGAGCGGACUAGCUCUGGGAAAAAUAAGUUAUGGCCCCUUAUUGUUAGAGUGGCAAGUUUCUUCUACAUAAAAUCAAGCUCGGAUGAGUUCCUUAAAACUUUUGGUUCUGCUAUCAAAGAGCUUGAGAUUCUGAUGGAACUAGAUGACACAAAAUUGGAAGAUGCAUUGAAGUCCUAUCAGUUCGCAGAUUCAAGAGAUGUCGGCCCUACUCGAGCAGUCCAGGUUGUCUGUACCUUCAUCUUCAUCAUCCAAAAUCUUUCCGAGAACCCAUUUCUCCGAAAUCUGGAAGAAAAGAAUGGGACCAACCAUCAGGAAUUGUUAAGGCAAUACGUGAUUUCCAGUACAUUCAUCUUCAUGGGUCGUCUCACUGAGCGGUGCUUGAAGGCUCAUCUGGUUGAUUUAUGCCCUCUUCUACCUUCUGUUCUUGUAUUCAUGGAGUGGCUCGUGAUUGUGCUUGAUGAUCUGGAGCUGAACGGUAGUAAUGAAGAGGAAAGAGCAGUAUCUUAUUUCUUCGGGAACAUUGUUCUUCUCUUGAACUCAUUGAAAGCAGGCAAAGCUGAACUGGGGCCUCAAGAUCAUGCUGCUCUUUGGGAAGACUAUGAACUUAGAGGUUUUGCUCCUUUGGCAAAAAGUCACAUUUUAUUGGAUUUCUCGACUUCCUCAGCUCAAAAUAACAGUUAUCAAUGUGGGAAUUCAUUUCGUGCACAGCGAAUUCUUUUUGCUGCAAGGAGAAUUGCGGAGAGAUCUAAAAUGUGGGUCUUCUACGAUAAAUCGAUCGGAAAAUUCUCUGUUUCAUCAAAAGGGGAAGGAAAACCAGUUUCUCUGGACGAAGAGGAAGUGAUUCUCUUCAAGCCUCUGGCACGUCACAAUUCUGCUCCACUGUACGAUUGUAUGAACUCGAAAGAGCACUCUGUUGAUGGAGAGGAUACUGAUGAAGCAAUUGUGCAUUCCGAUGAAUGUUUGAGGAGAACCCAAACGGCUCGGGUAUUCAAGCCAUUCAAACAACCUGAGUCAGCCAUCUCUGCAGGCCCACCUUCGCUCAGCGCCUGGGUUCUAAAUGGAGGAAGCUCGGGAACUAGUGUGGAGAAUCAGUUGUCCCCUAUUGAAGAGCUUGCUUCGACGUCAUUGGCCAAUCUCUCGAUCACAACUUCCACACAGGAGAAUCCCAUUCCGAAGUCUGUGCAUGAAGCAGUGAUCACCCAUUCUCUUGCUCCUCCUCCUUAUUCGGCUCCAAUUCCCUCGGCCCCGCUUUUACCUGAAGAUGCCACUUGGUUUACUGGGACACAGCCGACCUCCCACAAUGGGGCACAAGACAGGAUCUCUGGUGCAUCAUACGGAAACCCUGGUGAUUUUGUGAAUUUGGCCCCUCAUUCCCCUGCAGGUUUCUUGAAUUUAGCAUACCCAGUAACUCGCGGGUUGAGUUCCUCAGAGUGGCUCAGGAAGUUCCGAGAGAUCAACAAUCUCCACCCCGGAAACGGUUAUAUGUGGGCUCCAACAAAUCCUCUCGGGAAUUUCCAUGCCCUGGCGGGUCCCGAGUGGGGGAAUCAAGUUCCCUUGGGUUCUAACCAAUUGGUUUACUUGAGCCCGAAGCCACAAUCACAUCCUGAGCUUUACCAGGGACCUAUUCCUUACGGCUGCGGUGGUGUGGUAUCCGAUCCUGUAAGAGACGAUCAGUUAUCGCUUCUUCAGUACCUUAAUGAAAAGGAGUGGAGGCUCCAGCAAGAUCCGAGCAUGCGAGGUCCCACAUUCCUCGGGAAUUAAUUCAGCAAGGUCCCACGUUCCUCGGGAAUUAAUUCAGUACAUCUUUUGAGCAUAGGCCUAAUUCGAGCUUGACGAAUCUCUAUGCGUAUGUAUUUGUAUGUAAAUGUUCUAUAGAGCUUCUAGUAGGGCAAAAUGAAAAGAGAGACAGGGAACAGAGGUAAAAGAAGUGUUAAACUGUAUAGAGACGGCUUGGGAAAUGUUCUGCAAUAAGUCGUUCGGGAGCACAAUUUCUGUGUGGAUCCUGACCGUGUUCCUGUUCUUAAAACA